AUGAUUUAUGAAGAACGCGCCGAAGAGAAGGUAGACAAAGUUGGUCUUUCAGCCAAACCUCGCCCUCUCGCGAUUUUAUCGCUUGAAGCCGGACUAGCUGGUGUUCAGAAACAUACGUUAACUAAAAAUCUUUUUUCGAGCAAGCAAGAAAAAAGAGCCCUAGCCCAGCGGCAAACAGGCCCAAACCCCUGGCAAGCAAAA